UGUCGCGGCUGUUGAGGGUUGUACUAGAAAUCAUAUCGCUUUCAAUGAUCAAUUUCGAGUAAUGUAACUUACGCAAUUAUGGAUAUUGUAACAAUUUAUCUUUUUACCAUAGUACCUUUUUAUUUUAUUCUUUUUUGCAAUACAUCUGUAAGAAGAUAAUAAUUGAGUAGUAACUUUCCAAUAAAAAGCAAUAUUCCGCUAUAUUAUGCAACGCCACGAUCAAACUCUCCCCCAUCGAGGCACAAUAAAUGCGAAUAUUAGUCUCGUUACAUUCUCGAAAAAUGUCUUCUUGCUACCACGUUUCUUCUUUUUUCCUCCCUUGCGAAGAAUUCGUGGCUUAUUUCGCCUUUAAGCCAUACUCCGUGUCGCGAACAAGGAGAAGCAAAAAAAAAAGAAAAAGUAAAAAGGACGAACGAACCAUCGCGUAUGUACGUACAUAUGUCGCAUGUGGGUGCGUUAUGGGGCGAGGAGAACGCUUGGGGGUGGAGAACGCCUGCGCCGGCUGGAGUGCACCCCUAUAUAAGAGGCAACACAUUCUGAAGAGCGAUAUUCACAUUUGGAAGUCUGCGUCGCGACGGAGAGGCUGAUUAUCACCUCCGAGAAGAUGAUGGGGUUCACCAGAAGUUAUCUCGUGAGCUUGUUCCUGUACAUCUCCAUUGUCAAUGAGAUUCGCCAGCCUGCGGUGACAUGUCAAGACGAAGAAGGCAGCCAAUGCAUACCAAAGAAGAUCUUCCUGACGUUGUUGCGUUUACCGGAAGUAAGUUCGAAUCUGGCAGCGUAUUCGAGGAUAAUUCAAGAGGCGAAGAAUCAUAACGACAUGGCUCAUCUGAAAGCUCUUAGUUCCGAGGAGAAUGAUGACGCUGAAAUCUGUAUACCUAGUGAUAUUUAUCUGGAGCUCCUCAGGGAUCUUACGAUUCGUGGACAUCUCGUAACGCGGGAUUUGAUUCCCGAAUCGGAAAAACGCAGUCUUGCUACCUUGGCCAAAAACGAUGAUCUACCAUUUAUCGUACAGGAGCGCGAGGACGAUGGUGAUGACGAGGAAAAGAGGAGUAUCAAUAUAUCUAGCGAUAAUCUAGAUGAGCUGGUGCGCGCGUUGAUGGGCGACGAGUAUCGUCGACGUACAUCCGGAAUCUACGAUUACCAAGUUAAACUGGACCCAGAAUUGAUCGAGUAUCCGUUAGACAAACGUAACGUCGGCGCCUUGGCGCGGGACUUCGCAUUACCCACGGGUAGACGUCACAUCGGCUCGGUGCUUCGAGAUUACAAUACGAUGAGCGGCAAGAGAAACAUCGGUUCCCUGGCCAGGCAAAGCAUGCUGCCUAUGAGCGGUAAAAGAAACGUCGCUUCUCUGGCGAGAGACUCCAUGCUGCCGCAGAAUGGUAAGAGAAACGUCGCCGCGCUAGCCAGAGAUUCUUCUCUGCCCUACGGUAAGCGAUAUCUCGGUUCGUUGGUUCGAAACGGCGGUUAUCCGGUCCGUGGAUACGACGAGGGCAAGCGCAACAUUGCAUCAUUGGCCAGAAACGCCGACUGGCCUGGUUUCAUGAAACGAGGCGGCACCGCGGGUGUAGGUAGGAUGAUCGCCCGGGUGCUCAACCGUCACGGGAGAUCCUUGAACGAUCACGAGGCACCCAGUGAGCCCUUGGACCUCCAGCAGCUUAUCAAACAAGAUCACAACAACGGAAACGAUGCUAAAGAGAACGUUGCCGGCAACUGGCCCACACUCUUCAGCAUCUCGGAGGAGCUAGACGACAGCAGAGCGAAGAACAGAUCAAAUAGAAGGAUGGACGCAGCGACUUCACAAACGAGGCACAAACGACAGAUCGACUUUUCCGAUGAGUAUCCGCUGCCUGUCGUGCAGAAUACUAACAUACUCGAUUAUGAGGACAUGAUCGAGGCACUCGCCGAUCAUUAUCCGAACACGGAGAAGAGGUUCCUAGGUUCCUCGCCGGAGAUGCCGGCCGACUCGGGCUACACUGAAGUAUUGCAACCAAGUAAGAGACAUAUCGGAGCCCUCGCACGCCUCGGCUGGCUCCCGUCGUUCCGUGCAUCACGAUUCUCUCGGUCACCGCGAUAUCUGGUCGAAAGGGAGGAUCCCGCAGAUGGGACCUCGUCCAACUACACCCCCCUCGCGUCAGCUAAGACUCGGUCGCUAAGACCGUUCAUCCCGAAAACCCGCUACCUGCAGUCCCUGCACCGCCUGCACGGAGAUUGUCGACAUGGCUUCAAGAGGUUCCUGUUACCGGACAUCGAUAACUUCCUGCGGACGUCGAACUCUCGCAUCGUGUCCAAUUCCAUGUAAAAACCCUCGCCUCGCCUCGCCUCUCUGUUCGUCCAGAGCGACGAUACCGUACAAAUUAUGUCAUAUAUUGGACUCACACGUUUUACUCAGCGAUCCGUAAGGGGAGUGAGAGGAAACGGAUGUAAAUAUUCGGAUCUUGUGUCUGACGUUCUUCCUUAUUGGCUACUGAUUAUCCCUUGUCAACGGUAGAUAUCUACGAAUAUAUAUGUCUCGACCAUUAAUGAUCUUUUAAGUAAUGAUCUACCAGCGAAUUAUAAAAAUAAUAAUAUCACACAAAAAAAUGCUAAAAAAAAAAGAGAAAAAAGUUGAUCAAAAUUAGAAACGGUAAUAGAAGUGGGGAAGUCCGUCACACAAUUUAAUUAGCGACUAAUUUCACAGAUUCAUUGAGAAGAAUUGAUCGCAAGAUCCGUCGAUGGACAAUAAGCUUACUGCUCGCCGACAAUAAUAAUUUCACGUAAUCCUAAUGAUUGACGCCUUAAAUGUGCCGUCUGUUUCGAA